AUGGAAAACGUUGAAAGGAUCACUAUUUUGACUCGAUCUUCAAGCUUAGAUGUUGAGAUCGACAAUACAACAGAUAGUCCGCCGAGAUACGAAGAUGUUGUUAGAAUGCCUAAUGCUUCUUUAAGAAUAACUCCAGAAAUUGAAAUUACUGAAGAAGUAACAACUUCUGAACAGGAAGUUGAAACGAACUUUAGAAUAGAUACGUAUAAUGAAAAUGUUGAUAGAGCAGUUGAUAAUGUGUAUAGAAUUGUUGAUGAAUUGUUAGCUACUAAGAUUAAAAAGAGAGAAAUUGAAAAUUACACU